AUGGCACUCCUGGACAUCAGGGCCGUCCUGCUCAUCGCCAAAGACUUCGACAUCGAAUAUAACAAGUUUCAACAUCAGCGCAUAUACACUUGCGCACACUACUGCAACGGCAGGAGGACUCGUCAAGUCUCCUGCAAAGUCAACUCCACACAACCCAAUAGGAAAAAGGAACGAACAGACUAUGAUCAUCAUAUGGAAGCCUCUGUAGCGGCUCACCAGAUGCUCAAUGCACACAGGUAUAUCCCAACGUCGCUGGAGUUCCCGAGUCCGAGUGGCGGCAACAAAUUCGAAGCAAGUGCUGCCUGCGAAGCCACGCAAGCUGCCAUCCAAGAAUGCAACUUGUGCAAACAUGCCAAACAGAAAGCCCACCCAUAG